UCAUCAACUCCGAAACCGCUCAUAGCCACAUCCAGCUCCGACGCCGUCAAGCGCAACCACGAUGAUGCAUUUAGUACCGCACCUGUGCCAGCGCAAAGCCACGGCGAAGAAAUGCUCACUCAAGUGCACUUCGCUAUCGAGAAGCUCAAGUCCAACAAGUUGGAGGCCAUCACCUUCGACGACCUGAUCGCCUACCUGUCUCUCCCAAACGACGCCCAGCGCCGAAUUCCACUCAUCAAGCGCGCACUGCAGGACAGCGACCGCGUAGAUUUCAUUCCCAAAUCUCAAACCAAAUCUGGCAAAGAUGCAUUCCGCUACCGCCCCAAGCACCCAGUCACAAACGCAGAAGAACUGAAAGACUAUCUUGCAAAACAAACCACAGCACAAGGUAUCCCCGUCCGAGAGCUGAAAGACGGCUGGCCAGACUGCGGUCCAGCAAUCGACGAAUUGGAACGACAACACUUCCUCCUCGCUACUCGCCGCAAAAAGGAUAACUCCGCCAACAUGAUCUGGCAAGACUCUCCUUCAUACCACACACACAUUAGUGGCGACUUCAAGGAGUUCUGGUCCAAAACGAAACUGCCUGCUACGGAAACCGAGAUACGUACGGAUUUGGAGAAAGCUGGAAUCACGCCUACGAGUGUGGUCAAGGAAGUUAGGAACGUGAAUAUGAAGAAGAAGGACCGCAAGAAGCCGAAUCGGAGAGGUGGCAAGACGACGAAUGUGCAUAUGCACGGUAUCCUCAAGGACUAUACG